CCGCGCGCCGCAAUCCCGGCCGGACCCUCUCCGUCGUGGCCGUGGCCGUGCCGGUGGCUCUGGCGGCGGCGGCGGCUCCGGGCGCGCAGAGGGCAGCGGGCGCCCCUCGCCCGUGGCCGUGUCCAGCAGCCCGCGCUGGGACCCGGAGGCCAGGCGGCGGCUGGCAGUGCCCGGCCCUCCUCCUCCUCCUCCUCCUCCUCGUCGCCAGCCCCGGGCGACUGCGGACUCCGGGCAGCCGAGCGGACGGCGGGCGAUGGCGAGAUAGCGGCGCGGGAGCGGCCGGGCCGACCACGCUGGACGGAGGAUGGGCAUGGCCUCGUGUUUAGGACGACCCACCCGGAUGGCGGCCAGCGAAGGGAUGAGGAUGACGGCACAUUUCCGGUGGUUCCUGUCCACGUUUAUCCUUCUGUAUUUAAUGAAUCAAGUAAAUAGCCAGAAAAAAGGCGGCCCCCGUGACGUGAAGUGUGUAACCAGCGACUUGCAAGCGUGGGACUGCUCUUGGAGAGCGCCCUCGGGAGCGGGCCGCGGUGCUCUUUACGACGUUUGCAUCCAAAACGGGUCCCAUUCUUCUUGUUAUCAAUUGGGGAAAACAAGUACUAAAAUCCCACCUCUUAAUCCUGGGCAAUAUGAAAUAACGAUAAGCCCUCUACAUGACUUUGGAAGUUCUAUAAGCAAAUUCAUACUAAAUGAAAAAAAUGUGUCCCUCAUUCCAGACCCUCCGGAGAUCCUGCGUUUGUCUGCCAAUUUCUCAACUUCUACGUUGCACCUGGAGUGGAGUGACAAGGGCUCUGCUUUUCCCCGUCACACAAAUGUCAUUUGGGAAAUUAAAGUCCUACGGAAAGAGAAUAUGGAACUCGUAAAAUUAGAGACCUACAACACAACCCUGAACGGGGAGGACACAGUCCUCCGCUGGAGCUGGGCCUCGGACCUGCCCCUGGAGUGUGCCACGCACUCCGUGGGCCUGCGGCGCUACGUCGACGACGCGCGCUUCUCUGGCCGCAAAGAGUGGAGCGACUGGAGCCCCCUGCAGAGCAUUUCCUGGUCUACUGAUAUUCAGAAUAAGGUUUUUCCUCAAGACAAAGUGGUACCUGUGGGCUCAGAUGUAACAUUCUGUUUUGUGACUCAAGAAGAAGUGUCAUCAGCACAGAUCAGCUACGCAAAGUAUCCCCUUAUUCAUCUCGAUGGGGAAAAUGUGGCGAUCAAGGUCCAUAACAUUUCUGCUUCUAUAAGUAGUGGAACAAAUGUGGUUUUCAUGACAAACAAAGACAUGUAUGGAACAGUUAUUUUUGCAGGAUAUCCACCUGAUAUUCCUCAAAAGCUGAACUGUGAGACUUAUGACUUAAAAGAGAUUAUCUGUACGUGGGACCCAGGAAGGCCGACGGCUUUGGUGGGCCCACGCAGUACAAGUUACACUUUGUUUGAAAGUUUUUCUGGAGAAUCUGUUAAAUUUAAAAGAGUUGAAGCGCCCAUUAAUGAAAGCUAUCAGUUACUCUUUCAAGUGCUUCCAAACCAAGAAAUAUAUAAUUUUACUUUGAAUGCUCGCAAUCCUCUGGGUCAAUCAGAAUCAACGAUUUUCAUCAAUGUGACCGAAAAAGUUUACCCUCGUACUCCUACCUCAGUCAGAGUGAAGGAUAUUAAUUCAACAGCUGUCACACUUUCCUGGCAUUUACCAGGCAACUUUGCAAAGAUUAAACUGUUAUGUCAAGUGGAAAUUAACAAAGCUAAUUCAGUACGGGAAUUGCGGACUGUCACAGUCAAAGGAGUAGACAAUUCAAAUUACCUCAUUGCUGUGGACAAGUUAAGUCCAUACACCGUGUAUGCUUUUCGGAUUCGUUGUUCUAGUGAAACUUUCUGGAAAUGGAGCAAGUGGAGCAAUGAAAAACAAUAUUUAACCACAGAAGCCAUUCCUUCCAAGGGACCGGACACUUGGAGAGAGUGGCGCUCUGACGGGAAGAAUUUAAUAAUAUAUUGGAAGCCUUUACCCGUUAAUGAAGCUAAUGGGAAAAUACUCUUCUAUAACGUAUCCUGUUCGUCGGAGGAGAAAACACAGUCCCUCUCAGAGAUCCCUGACCCUCAACACAAGGCAGAAAUACAACUGGACAGGCAUGACUACAUCAUCAGUGUGGUGGCAAAAAACUCCGUGGGCUCAUCGCCGCCUUCCAGAAUAGCCAGCAUGGAAAUUCCGAACGAUGAUCUCAAAGUAGAGCAGACAGUGGGAAUGGGGAACGGGAUCGUCCUCACGUGGAACUACGACCCCAACAUGACCUGCGACUACGUCAUUAAGUGGUGCAACACAUCGCAGCCGCAGCCCUGCCUCAUGGACUGGAAGAAGGUCCCCGCCGACAGCACCGAGGCCGUCAUCCAGUCGGAUCAGUUUCGCCCAGGCGUGCGGUACCACUUCUUCCUGUACGGGUGCAGAAACCACGGCUACCAGUUGCUGCGCUCUGUGAUUGGAUAUGUAGAAGAAUUGGCGCCAACCGUUGCACCGAAUUUCACCGUGGAGGACACGUCUGCAGAUUCGAUCCUCGUGAAGUGGGAAGAUAUACCCGUGGAGGAGCUCAGAGGCUUCCUAAGAGGAUAUGUGUUUUACUUUGAAAAAGGAGAGAGAGACACCUCGAAGAUGAGAGGCUUGGAGUCGGGCCGUUCUGACGUGAAAGUUAAGAACAUCACCGACAUCUCCCAGAAGACCCUGCGGAUCGCCGACCUUCAAGGCAAAACCAGCUACCACCUGGUCCUGCGCGCCUACACGGACGGCGGCCUGGGCCCCGGGAAGGGCAUGUUCGUGGUGACCAAGGAGAACUCCGUGGGGCUAAUCAUCGCCAUCCUCAUCCCCGUGGCCGUGGCGGUCAUUGUCGGGGUGGUGACCAGUGUCCUUUGUUACCGGAAGCGAGAAUGGAUAAAAGAGACCUUCUACCCUGAUAUUCCUAAUCCCGAAAACUGUAAAGCGUUACAGUUUCAGAAGGCUGUCUGUGAGGGAAGCAGCGCCCUGAAAACAUUGGAAAUGAAUCCCUGUACCCCGAAUAACGUCGAGGUUCUGGAAACUCGAAUGGCAGUUCCUAAAAUAGAGGAUACAGAGAUCAUUUCUCCCGUGGCCGAGCAUCCCCCGGACGGCUCCGAGGCGGAGCCCGAAAGCCACCUGGCCGUGUCCUACUGUCCCCCCGUCAUCGAGGAAGAAAUACCGAACCCAGGAGCGGAGGAAGCCGGGGGCACUGCCCAAGUCGUGUACAUCGACGUGCAGUCCAUGUACCAGCCGCAGGCCAAGCCGGAGGCGGAGCAGGACGCGGACCCGGGGGCGGGGGGCGGCUACAAGCCCCAGAUGCACCUCCCCGUGACCUCUGCCGGGGACGAGGCCGCCGCAGAAGGGGACUUGGAGAAAACAGCGGGUUACAGGCCUCAGGCCAAUGUGAACGCCUGGACCUUGGUGUCCCCGGACUCCCCCCGGUCCACGGACAGCAACAGCGACGUCGUGUCUUUCGGGAGCCCGUGCUCCAUCAACUCCCGACAGUUCCUGAUCCCCCCGAAGGACGAAGACUCUCCGCGAUCCAAUGGAGGAGGAUGGUCCUUCACAAACUUUUUCCAGAACAAACCAAAUGAUUAACAUGUCACUGCCGUCCGCCAUCUCAUAAGCUCUCAUGGCCGGUGCGGCCGCGUGGGCCCGGGCACCCCGGGGGGUCCUGUGAAGUGUUGUCAGCGAGGUGGGCCCCACCACGUGUGUCACACGGCCGUGUCCUCUGCUUUCCGUGUAGUCUACACGCCACGGCAGAGUCACGCAGAGACACAGCCCAAGGUCUGGAGCUGUUUGUGAUUUGAGCCAAAGAAUUCUCCCUUUCUCUCCCUCCCAGAAGUAUUUCAAGCCAAACGCUGCCCGGUCCAUACGUGCAAAACAAAUCCCGCGGCCACCGUCCCCUGUUCUGUCGUUUAUGGUUUUCUCAUAUGGACACUUGACGGAAUUGCAAGCAGGUUUGCAGGCAAAGGGACUGUCAGAGCCACAGAGGCCGUGGGUUUGCCUGACAUUUACUCCAUCCUGGAUGAAAACCAACCACAGAUCUGAAAACCUUUAACACUUCUCCUCCGCUCUCCACAGCACUUACAGAAGUUAAUGUAAUUGUUUAAUGUAGCGACAGCUGGUUAGUGUUUUGAUCGAUCAGUGUGCUGAUCGCUGUGCCUACUGUAUAAUGGGUAUCAAUCACACAGUUUUCUCAGGGGUACAAACUUGGAACAGGAGCACGACACUGAGCAGCCCGAGUCAGAAUCGUCUUUCCUGCCUCUGGAGGGAUUCUCCAACCUCUCCGUUAUUUUUUUAACUUUUCUGCUAGCUCUUCAUAUCACACUUGAUUGCCUAGUAUUUAAAACUUAAACUCCUAAGACGAGAUCUAAGUUGUUAUUGUUGUUUUAAUUUGGGUUAUUUUUUGUUCCACAGUGUCAGUUGCAUAAAUCUAUGAGCAAAUUCAAUAUUACCCAUAAACAUACGAUUGCGGUGACUUUCUGUUUGAGACGACUACUGCGCAGGGUCUCGCGACAUUCGCUCUCUGUGCGGUUGUGAUGGCUUCGGGUUCUCCUGGGUCACCAGGCAGCAGCUGUGACACCUCGGAGCCGAUGUUCCUUCUGAUCACGCCUCUUAGCCGUUCCUCUCUCUUAUGUGAUCAUCAGUCCAGACUGUUCGAUCCAGGCCUCCAUUUUUAAAAAGAUAAACUAAAAAGAUCAUGCUUCUUACAGGGACAGUUACUCAAGGGCUCUCUUAGGUGAAAUGUCACAAGAUCCAUGUGAGUCGAUGGGCACCCCUGUGUUACAGCCGCGUGGCACGCUCCCCAGGGCAGCCUCUGCCCGUGGUGUUCACAGGUGAUGUCUGGAUUGGAUUUGGUUCUCAGAAAAGCAGAUGAAAAACUACAAAGUGUAUCUUAUUUUGUUCCUGCCCUCGGGUGGUCUAUGUAUUUUGUCUUUUGAUACUUAAGAGUACUUAAAAUUUUGAAAUAUCUUAA